UGAAAUGGCCCAGUGGUACAUACGGGUUACCUCAGCCUCAGAUCGGUUGCCCGGAUGAUGGUGAGCUUACAUGGAAAACUGGAUGGACUUACCAUGAUACUGAAGAUGACAAUCCAGCCAAUCAGCGAUCAGCUAUCUCUCACAUGGCGGGAAACUUCACUCAACAUGGAAUACAACAGAAAUUCUGUAUUAAAGAUAGUGCUGCUGGCGGGAGCGACUUCUGGCCGGAGGGAAAAUAUUGUAUCUAUAAGAAAG